AUGGAGACAGCUAGAGUAAUAAUUGCUCUUGCAGCCCAAAAUGGUUGGAGACUUCAUCAUCUAGAUGUCAAGUCAAUAUUUUUAAAUGGAGAACUUGAAGAGAAAGUUUUUGUCAAGCAGCCAAAAGGGUUCAUCCACAGAGGUAAAGAGAAUUAUGUUCUGAAAUUAAAAAAGGCCCUAUAUGGAUUAAAUUAGGCACCCCAAUCAUGGUAUACAAAGCUAGAUAAAUCUCUCACCUCACUUGACUUUAUCAGAUGCUCUCAAGAACAUGCAGUGUACACAAAAUUCUCUAAUAAAGUUCACUUGACAAUCAGGGCGUAUGUGGAUGAUCUCAUAGUAACCGAAACUAGUGAAGAAUAUAUCUCAAAUUUCAAACAAACAAUGAUGAAGCAAUUCGAGAUGAGUGAUCUGGGUCUACUCACAUCAUAUCUGGGAAUAAAAGUGGAACAAACUGGAGAUGUGAUCAGACUGAAGAAAAAGAACUAUGUUCUGUGGUUAUUUGAACAGAGUGGAAUGCAAGAAUGUAACUCUGUCUCCAUGCCACUUGAAGCACGAUUCAAGUUCAGUGAAGGAAGCAAGAGUCAACCUAUUGACUCGACAAAAUUCAGCAGCAUAAUCGAGAGCUUGAGGUAUUUAAUUCAUACCCGGCCUGAUAUAACCUAUUACGUGGGCUAUCUUAGUAGGUACAUGGAAGCACCUACGACAGAGCACUUGGCUGCUUUAAAUCGGAUUCUCUAG